CUUGGCCCCCAAGAAAAAAUUAUUUCAAUUCAUUCUGGUUAUAUGAAACUUUUGAAAAUUGAUACACAUUGAUAGUGAGUCAUCGUGAACAAUGAUAAACAUCUUAUGAAAAAUGAAAACUCGGUUGAAUGUGAAAAAAUAGACAUUAAACGUCUUCUUAUUAUUUCUUUUUGGUGAUUUGGAUUUUUUUACGUUCAUUUCUGAUGAAGUCAUAAGUCAAGUUUAAAAAACUUAUGAAACUGAUUUCAGCUCGUAAAUUGUGCAGUGAAAGAUCUUAAUAAAUUUUUUAGAUAUACAAGAAAUCAUCUGUAAAAGAUCAGAUAUUGAAAAUGAGUGAGAUCAAUAGUAAUAAUAAAUUAGCAACAAUUGAUGUCUCAAAAUCCGAUGCCACGAAGUCGGGAUGGCUAUUAAAAUGGACCAAUUACUUGAAAGGAUAUCAAAAACGAUGGUUCGUGCUGUCGAAUGGAAUCUUGAGCUACUAUAGACAAUCCCAAAAGAAGAAGAAAAGAAAAAAGUCGAUUAAAAGCAAUGAAAGUUCUCGAAUUCAAAGUAUUACAAGGAAGAGAUUUGUUUAUUAUUUGGGGUGUUUAAAUAGGACUGAGCCGGGAAGAGAGACGACCACUUUGGGUAAUAGUCGCAGUUCUGUCGGUAAAUUGUCGAUUCGUCGUCGCAGGAAGAAUCGCAGUCGAUCUUCGACAGUGGAGAAUCAAACUGAAGUGGCGCAUACAUGUCGGGGUACAAUCUCAUUGCAUGGUGCCCUCAUUCACACAGUUGACUCGUGUACUUUCGUCAUUUCCAAUGGUGGAACGCAAACUUUUCAUAUUAAAGCAUCGAACGAAGUUGAACGCCAAUCGUGGGUGACAGCACUUGAACUUGCUAAAGCAAAAGCGAUUCGGGCUAUCGAAAGUGAAGAAGAGGAAGAAGAUAACACUGCAAAUGCAAUUCCAAGUGAAGAACUUAAUACAGUCGUUCGUGAUUUGACAUUAAAAUUGGAAAAUUUAAAAACUUGCUACGACUUAAUAACGAAACACGGUGCUGCCCUGCAAAGAGCCCUUGCUGAGCUUGAAAGUGGAGAAGACUUGGCAAGUAAACACAAGAUUGUUAAUGAACGUGCAACAUUAUUCAGAAUAUCAUCAAAUGCAAUGAUAAAUGCUUGCACUGAUUACUUGUCGACCGCUCAAACACAAGGACAUAAAUGGAGUAAAAUGCUUCAACAUGAGCGUGAUCAAAAGUUACAUUUAGAAGAGAUGGUCGAACAAUUAGCUCGUCAACAUUCACACCUUGAACAAGCGGCAGCGAAUCAGGGUCAGAGACAUGCCAACAAGGACUCACUUGUCACAUCGCCAUCGGAUGAUGAAGACAACGAAUUUUACGAUGCACAAGAAGGAGCUUCCAUUGCCUCAAACGAAGACAAUUCGUUUAUUCUUAAAAUUCCAGGCCCGAAAACGCAACAUUCUAGAAAUCUUUCAAAUGACGACGACGAUCGAAGCUCUUCCGAAGGUGAAGAUGGAAAAUCGCAACAAUUUCUAGUGGUAACUGAGAAUAAUGAAGUAAAUUCAUCUUCUGAUGUUGUCGAUCGAGCUUCUGUUCAUUCGAGUAAUUCUCUCACACCAUUAAAUCCAUCAAAUCGUCCACUCAUGAAACGACGAACAAAAAUUUCCGAUAAGCCAAAUCACCCUUUAAAUUUGUGGAGUAUCAUAAAGAAUUGCAUUGGAAAAGAUUUGUCAAAGAUUCCAAUGCCAGUUAAUUUUAAUGAGCCGCUUUCCAUGCUUCAACGUUUAACAGAAGAUUUUGAGUAUGCUGACUUAUUAGAUAAAGCAGCGCAAUGCAAUACAACGUGUGAACAAUUAGCAUAUGUUGCAGCUUUUACAAUUUCAAGUUACAGCACGACAGCCAAUCGAACUGGUAAGCCUUUUAAUCCAUUAUUGGGUGAAACUUAUGAAUGCGAUCGCACCGAUGAUUUGGGAUGGCGUUGUCUAAGUGAACAAGUUUCACAUCACCCGCCAAUGGCUGCACAAUUUUGUGAAGGUCGUGGAUGGAGAUCAUGGCAGGAAUUCACAAUGACAUCGAAAUUUCGUGGAAAAUAUAUUCAAGUUGUUCCUUUAGGUAAUGCACACGUUGAGUUCACUAAAACUGGUAAUAAAUUUUCUUGGCGUAAAGUGACGACAACUGUUCACAAUAUUAUUGUUGGAAAGUUGUGGGUGGAUAAUCACGGCGACAUGGAAAUAGUUGGUGAACAAUCAGCUCGUGGCUUUAAGUGCCACCUUAAAUAUCUUCCUUAUUCGUAUUUUACAAGAGACACGCAGCGAAGAAUCAAAGGUGUUGUAAUGGAUCCUCAAAAGCAAGUAAAAUGGGUUUUGAAUGGAACAUGGGAUAAUAGAAUGGAAGUUGCGCCUGUUACAUCAACUUCUGGUUCGCCUGAGAAUCCAGUCUAUAAGACCGGAAAUUAUAAGACUGUCUGGCAAAGGCGACUUCCACCUCCAGAUUGUGAUAAAUAUUACAACUUUACAAUUUUUGCUUGCCAAUUAAAUGAAGAAGAGUCUGGUGUCGCUCCUACUGAUUCACGUUUGAGACCAGAUCAAAGAUUAAUGGAAAAUGCACAAUGGGAUGAAAGCAAUACACAAAAACUUCGAUUGGAAGAACAACAACGACAGCGACGACGUCAACGUGAAGCUGAAGCAGAAAAAGCAACUUCUGAAGGCCGUCCGUAUCCGCCAUAUGAGCCCGUCUGGUUCAAUAAGGAAAAGGAAGAAGGUACCGAUAACGUAAUUCACGUUUAUCGAGGCGAUUAUUGGGAUUUUCAAGUGUUGAUCAACGUAUUUUCAAACUUUUUGAGGAUAUUUAAGGAAUUGCUCAAAAUGAAUCGUUCACAAAUUGUUUACAGUCCCGAGGAUAUUGAAACAUUAAUUAUGCCAGUUCCACCUCAAUUUAAGAAUCAAGUUAUGAUAACAACCUUUGAGAUGAUGAAACAUGAGGCUUACAAUAAUGAAAGUUACAAUUGGUCCAAAGAUGAUUUUGAAUUGGGUACAGCUCUUGGAAAAGGAAAAUUUGGAAGAGUUUACAUUGCUCGUGAGAAAAAGACUCAAUACCUUGUUGCAAUGAAAAUUCUGUUCAAGAGUGAAUUAACAAAAGGACGAGUUGAGAAACAACUUUUACGAGAGCUUGAGAUACAAUCAAGAUUAAAACAUCCUAAUAUUCUUCGACUCUUCACAUGGUUUCACGAUGAUCGAAAAAUUUACAUCGCUUUGGAACUUGCAAGCGAAGGAGAACUUUAUCGUCAUUUAAAAAAUUCUCCCCAUGGCCGUUUUGAUGAACAUCGAUCAGCCAAAUACAUUUAUCAAGUAGCUGAUGCUCUUCAUUAUUGUCAUCAAAAUGAUGUCAUUCAUCGUGAUCUCAAGCCUGAAAACAUUUUGUUGACGUCUGAUGAUAAUGUCAAGUUAGCCGACUUUGGAUGGAGCGCUCAUACAAUAUCGAAUAAGCGAAAGACAAUGUGUGGAACACUGGAUUACUUGCCACCUGAAAUGAUUGAAGGGAAAAGUUAUGAUGGAUCAAUCGAUAUGUGGUGUUUAGGUGUCCUUACGUAUGAGUUUUUAGUUGGAUGUCCACCCUUCGAAUCGGAAAACAGUGAAAAAACUUACGAGAAAAUUAGAAGAAUUGACGUUCGUUAUCCUAAAUUUAUGUCUCAAAGUGCACGCGAUCUUAUUUCACGACUUUUAAAACGCCAAGGUGCUCGCAUUUCAAUGCCGGAAGUCAUGCGACAUCAGUGGAUUAAAGAGAACAUGAAGAAACCGCAACGUGAUCCUUUCCGAUUGCAGCAACUUACUACCGACAUGUGAACUUUAUUUUUUUAAAAUCGUUUUAUUAAGCUUUUCAAGAAUCAUAUUCAAAUACUUUAAUGGCUUUCAUGUUUCAUCAUGUAGAAACUGAGAUUUAAUGUAGUUCUCACGAUUGCCAUUAUAAGGUCAGUGUUAAUUUAAUUUCUUCUACGUAUUCAAAAUAAAUAAAACUUUGUUUAAAAUCUACAA